UGCAUCUGAAGGAGCUUGCUGGAGAACCUCCAACAGCGGAGCUGGCCUUCAACUACCAUCUCACCACCUGCUGAGGAGCAAAUCCUUUCAAGACCCAGAGUCCACAUCCAGCACCAGAGGCACCAAGACACCGGAGAGAACAGGGCAGGGGGCCACCAUGCUGUGGACGUUCACUCUCUUGCUCUUCUGUAUUCCAGUGGAAUCACAACCAGAGCUGUGGAUGGAGUCCAAUUACCCAGACACCCCUUGGAAGAACAUCACGCUUUGGUGCAGAAGCCCCUCUCAACUGUCAAGCAAGUUCCUGCUUCUGAAGGAUAAGACACAGAUGACAUGGAUCCGGUCUUCCUACAAGACCUUCCAGGUUUCCUUCCUCUUAGGUGCCCUCACUGAAUCCAACACAGGUCUUUAUAGGUGCUGCUACUGGAAGGAGACAGGCUGGUCAAAGCCCAGCAAAAUUCUAGAGUUGGAAGCACCAGGCCAGCUGCCUAAGCCCAUCUUCUGGACCCAGGCUGAGACACCCCCUCGUCCUGGAUGUAACAUUAACAUCCUGUGCCAUGGCUGGCUGCAGGAUUUGGUAUUCAUGCUGUUUAAAGAGGGGUAUGCAGAGCCUGUGGAUUACCAAGUCCCAACUGGGAGAGUGGCCAUAUUCUCCAUUGACAACAUGACAUCUGAGAAGGAAGGGGUUUACAUAUGCCGCACUCACAUCCAGAUGCUCCCCACUCUGUGGUCAGAGCCCAGCAACCCCCUGAAGCUGGUCAUAGCAGGACUCUACCCCAAACCAACUCUGACAGCACAUCCUGGGCCCAUCAUGGCACCCGGAGAAAGCCUGAGUCUCAGGUGCCAAGGGCCAAUCUAUGGAAUGACCUUUGCUUUAAUGAAGCUUGAAGACACGGAGAAGUCUUUUUACCAUAAGAAGUCAAAAAAUAAUGAGGCAUAUUUCUUUUUCCCGACUCUGAAGAUCCACGAUUCUGGACGUUACCUCUGUUUUUACUAUGAUGGGUCAUACAGGGGUUCACUGCUUAGUGAUAUCCUGAAAAUCUGGGUAACCGAUGCUUUCCCCAAGACCUGGCUCCUUGCUCGGCCUAGUUCUGUGGUGCCAAUGGGCCAGAACAUAAGCCUGAGGUGUCGAGGAUCAGUGGAUAGUGUGGGACUGGCACUCUAUAAGAAAGGAGAAGACAAACCACUUCAGCUUUUGGAUGCCACCAGUGUUAAUGACAACAAACCAUUCUUUCUCCAUGAUGUGACCCACUGUGAUGCUGGUAUUUAUAGUUGUCACUAUCGUUUCACCUGGAAGACCUCCAUUAGGAUGGGAACACACAACACUGUGGAGCUUGUGGUUGUAGCUUGGCCCAGCAGCAUUGUUAAGAGAGGAAUGACCAUCACCCCUCAGGGCCGAAUGUCUCAUCCCAUACUUGAAUUUUCUCUGGUGUGGGACAAAAGAGCAACAUUCCGUAAACUCUCAAAGGAUGGAAACUUCAUCAUCACUAACGUUGAAAGGAAAGGCACAGGGACCUACAGUUACAGCUAUUGCGUAGAGGCACAUCGUAAUAUCUGGUCACAUCGCAGUGAGCCUCUGAAGCUGAAGGGGCCAGCAGGCUUUCUCACCCGGAAUUCCAUUCUGAGUGAAGCUUUCAGGUUGUCCCUAAUCAUACAGCUUGUUGCCCUGCUGUUUGUAUUGCUGUGGAUCAGGUGGAAGUGCCGGAGACUCAGAAUCAGAGAAGCCUGGUUGCUGGGAACAGCUCAAGGGGUCACCAUGCUCUUCAUCGUCACAGCCCUUCUCUGCUGUGGACUGUGCAAUGGGGUAUUGACAGAAGAGACUGAAAUCAUCAUGCCAACCCCUAAGCCUGAGCUGUGGGCAGAGACGAACUUCCCUCUGGCCCCGUGGAAGAACUUAACCCUCUGGUGCAGAAGUCCUUCUGGCUCAACGAAGGAGUUUGUGUUGCUGAAGGACGGGACGGGGUGGAUCGCUACUCGCCCAGCCUCAGAGCAGGUCCGGGCCGCCUUCCCGCUUGGUGCCCUUUCCCAGAGUCACAGAGGGAGUUAUCAUUGCCAUUCAUGGGAGGAGAUGGCUGUGUCAGAGCCCAGUGAAGCACUUGAGCUGGUGGGGACAGAUAUCCUUCCCAAACCUGUCAUUUCAGCUUCUCCCCCAGUCCGGGGCAAGGAACUGCAAAUCCGGUGCAAAGGAUGGCUGGCAGGCAUGGAAUUCGCUCUGUACAAGGAGGGAGAGCAGGAACCUGUCCAGCAACUUGGUGCUGUUGGGAGAGAAGCUUUCUUUACAAUCAGAAGAAUGGACGAUAAAGACGAAGGCAAUUACAGCUGCCGCACACACACAGCAACAGUGCCCUUCAAAUGGUCUGAGCCCAGUGAGCCCCUGGAACUUGUCAUUAAAGAAAUGUAUCCAAAGCCCUUCUUCAAGACAUGGGGCAGCCCUCUGGUCACGCUGGGUACACGAUUGACUUUCAAUUGCUCCACUCCACACCAGCACAUGAGCUUUAUUCUCUACAAAGAUGGCAGUGAAAUAGCGUCCAAUGACCGCUCCUGGGUAAAUCCAGGGGCCAGUGCAGCUCACUUCCUCAUCUAUUCAGUGGGGAUUGGAGAUGGAGGGAACUACAGCUGCCGUUAUUAUGACUUUGAUAUCUGGUCUGAGCCCAGUGACACAGUGGAACUUGUGGUGACAGAAUUCUACCCCAAGCCCACUCUCCUGGCACAACCAGGUCCGGUGGUGUUUCCUGGGAAGAAUGUGACGCUUUGUUGCCAAGGGACUUUGACAGGCAUGAGGUUUGCCCUCUUGCAGGAGGGAACCCAGGCUCCCUUACAGUUCCAGAGUGCUGCAGGGAGCUCAGUUGACUUCAUCCUCCACACUGUGGGAGUAGAGGACUCUGGGAACUACAGCUGCGUCUACUAUGAGACAACCAUGUCGAACCGGGGCUCAUAUUUCAGUGUGCCUCUCAUGAUCUGGGUGACUGACACAUUCCCCAAGCCGUGGCUCUUUGCUGAGCCCAGUUCUGUGGUCCCCAUGGGGCACAAUGUUACACUGCGGUGCCAGGGGCCAGUUCGUGGAAUAGGGUACAUUUUGCACAAGGAAGAAGAAGCCACUUCAAGGCAGCUCUGGGGGUCCAUUAGUGUUGAUGGAACAUUCCCCAUCACCAAUGUAUCUGCUGCUAGCAUAGGUCAUUACAGCUGUUACUACCACCCUGAUUGGACCAGCCUCAUAAAGAUACAGCCCAGCAACACCUUGGAGCUCAUUGUCACAGGAUUACUCCCCAAACCCAGCUUGUUAGCCCAGCCUGGUCCCGUGGUGGCCCCUGGAGAAAAUAUGACUCUUCAGUGCCAAGGAGAACUGCCAGACUCAACAUUUGUCCUGUUGAAGGAAGGGAUUCAGGCCCCCUUAGAACACAAGAGGCCAAGUGGGUACAGAGCAGACUUCUGGAUGUCCGUGGUGAGAGGUGAAGAUUCUGGGAUCUAUAGCUGUGUUUAUUAUCUGGACUCUGCUCCCCUUGUGGCUUCAAAUCACAGUGACUUGCUGGAGAUAUGGGUGACUGACAAGCCUCCUAAACCCUCACUGUCAGCCUGGCCCAACACAGUGUUCAAGCUGGGGAAGGACAUCACCCUUCAGUGUCGAGGACCCUUGCCAGGUGUGGAAUUUGUCCUAGAACAUGAGGGAGAGGAAGCACCUCAGCAGUUCUCAGAAGAUGGAGACUUUGUCAUCAACAAUGUAGAAGGAAAAGGCAUAGGAAACUACAGUUGCAGCUACCGCCUCCAGGCCUCCCCUGAUAUCUGGUCAGAGCCUAGUGAUCCUCUGGAGCUGGUGGGAGCAGCAGGGCCUGCUGCUCAAGAGUGCACUGUGGGUAACAUUGUCAGAAGUAGCCUCAUUGUGGUGGUUGUGGUAGCCUUGGGGGUGGUGCUAGCCAUAGAGUGGAAGAAGUGGCCUCGACUCCGAACCAGGGGCUCAGAGACAGAUGGCAAAGACCAGACCAUAGCGCUUGAAGAGUGUAACCAAGGAGAACCUGGGACCACCACAAGCUCUCCCUCAUCAACCACCUGUGGGAUCUCCAUGGAACAGCCAGUCCCAAUAUAAUAAUCUUCUUUUCCAGAGUUUUCUUCUCUUCUUUUUCACCCUCAGAGAUCUGAAAAUAUGACUGGUUACCCUGAGAGUCAGUUCCACCUACUGGUUUUUGGCUUCUGAUAACCUGAGUUGAGUCAAGGGGAAUUUGAGAGUUGCAAGCUCAACCAGGACAAGAUGUUUCCUGAAGAGAGGUGCCCCCAUCCCCUAUAACUCCUCACUGUACUGAUUUACUGGUGCAUGAAAUUCUAUUAAAAUGUAUUCUUCUGAAUAAAGAGACUAUUCACUAUUUAACU